UAAGACAAGGAACGCACUGGUACCUUACUACAACCCUAUCUUUUUAUAGAGGGAAUUGAAUUUGAUAUAAGGCAGAACUUGAGAUGAGUUUUGCCAUUUUGGCACCUAAUUUGCUGGUGUCCAGAAGAUUGGGGUGACUGUGAUAAAGUGUAUUAGGAUCUGUAUGUAGGAUGAAAUAAUACCAUUUGUCAGAACAUUGUGUGUGAUCUGAUUAAGCUUUUAAGCUACAUGUACUUGAUAAAGGAAUGACUGUUUCAGAGAUGUAAAAAAAACAAAAAAAAAAAAAACAAGGAAGAAAUGAACAGAGAAGGAUGAAGGAAACCACUGACAAUGGGAACCAUUGUUGUGCUAUUUGGAUUAUAUGCACCAGCUCCUUUAGUCAUAUAAACAAAUAUUAUGAUAUAAGUGUUUUUAUCUUCAUUAUUUACCAAGGAUGAUGAUAAUCAGAAAUGUGCCCAGGCCAUCUAGUUAAGAGGCAGAGAUGGUGUUUGACCUAAGUUUGCCUCCAAAGUCUGUGUGCCUGACAGUGGUAUGGAAUGUGCGUGUUGGAAUAUCACGUAGCAUGGGGAUAGCUAAUGGAACCAUGGCUUUGGCAGAGAUGAUUUUUCACAGGGGUGCAUAUAAUCUUCACUAUUCAAAGAACCCCUGGUGUACCUAAUGCCUUUGGGGGUCUCAAGUGGUUUGAGACCUAACCCAGAAAAGUAUGACAAAUUCUAUAAGAUGGAAAUCUUCUAAAAAAUUAAAUAAUUUUAAAAGCUAGGGCAAAGAGGAGUUUAGAAUAGGAAAAUAAAAUUGGGUUUUGGGUGAUCCCAAGGAGACUAAUUAUGGCCUGAAAAUGAGAAGAUGGACCCUAGACUCAGAGCAAAGUAAUUCAUAACGUUAGAUGGACAAAAGACUUGAGAACAUAUCCACUUAUGGAUUGGUAAAAUUGAGUAGAGUGUUCAAGUUAAUGAAAACAAAUAGUGAAUGACAACUAGCCAGCAAAAUAAGGAAGUGGGAAAAAAAGAAAAUGCAAAAAUGAAAAAUAAGUAAGUAACAAAAAUAAAGUAUAUGGAAAGAAAAAAAUAAAAUACAUUAAUAUUUAUAUUUUAAAGUGAAUGGACUUGAUACUCUCAUAAAAGACACUAUAAAAAGAGAUUAAAAAUUUAAACCCAGAUAUACGUUACUUAUAAAUAGUGUACUUAACAAAAUGAAAUGGAAGAAUUGAAAAUAAAGGAAUGCACAAAGAGCAGGCAAAAGCAAACUAAAAGAAAGCAGGAGUGUAAUAGCAAUAUGCUAAAAGUGGAACUUAAAGCACAAAACAUGAGAAAGGUCAAUUAAUAACAUUCACAAUUUAUAAAGAUUAUCGGCCAUAACCAAUACAGAAGCUAAACAUAUAAAAAUCCUACAUAUAUAGGAUAUAUAUACUUAAAAUACAUGUACUUAAAAUUUUUGAAUAGCAUUUAUUAAAUAUAGAUGUCAGAAAAUAAUUAUUUGAAAUAUUUGAAUAAUAUAUUAAAUAAACUUGAUUAUAUGUAUAGAUGUAUGCAUGUAUUGUGUAUCCAUAUAAAACCAUAUGUCUUUCUCCAAGAGAAUUCAUACAUUUACAACAUGGAUCAAGUAAUUGGUUGCCAAAGUCUCUAUAGGUCAUGUUCUCUUUUCAUAAUAAAAUAAAGUUGGAAAUAAAUAACAAAGUCAAACACAAAUAUCUAAUGACUAGUUGUGCAAGAAACACACAUUUGGGUAACUCUUGGUUUAAAGAAGGAAAGGGAAAAAUUACCUAGAAGCCAAUGAAGAGAACAUCAGGAAAAUUUACCUUUUAAGGAAAACAAAGUAUUUUAAGGACAUUAAUUAGAGGUAGCAAUAGAGAAGAAAGAGGAAACUUCAAUGAAUUUAGUUCUUAUUUCCUGGAAAUAGAAAAUUCCAAGUAAGUUUAAAAUAUUUACAAACAAAACUUAAGUUAAUAAAACAGGGGGAAAAAAGUGAGAAGAAUAAAUCUAUCCAAAAGCCCCCACCCCCCAGCUUUUUUGAGAAUACCUGUAUUAUAGGAAAAUGCCUUGUGAGAUGAAUAAGAAAAAAUACUAUGUAAGAAUAGUAAGGAAAAAGGAGAAAGGAGAAAGAAUUUCUCACAAGGGAAAUCACAGAUUGGAAGGGUUAAAUGUUGUAUGACAACACAUUUGUAGUGAAAUAUAAAGUAUCAAAUGAACUCUCAAAUCUCCAUUUUGAAAUAUUGCUUCUUUCUGAAUAAUCCCUAUUUUGGUCUGAUAGUUCUCUUGAAACAUUAGUAUUGUCAAUUAGUAUUCUAGUCUAUAAGCCAAGUUCUCUAGAAAUUGAAUAAUUAAGAAUUUAUACUCUGCAACCAUAUGGCUUGGGAUUAACUCUUCGUUCUACCAUUUUUUUAGCUACAUGACUUUGAUCUUAAGCAAAUUACUUAAUUUUUCUGUGCUUUAUUUUCCUCCUCUGUUUAUAAAUAAAGAUGAUGAUGCUAGUAACAGUAACUGACUAAUAGGGUUGUUAUUCAGACUGAAUUAGGUAAUGCAUAAAGCAAGCAUUAGUAGAGGAUUGGCACAGAGUGAGAAAUAUUUUGUCUUUCAUUUUAUUCCUUAACUAAACAAAUAUUUUUGAACAUCUAUCUCUGUGUCCACUUCACUAUAGAUACUGGACUGUGGAAGUAAAUAAGAAAAGUAUCUAUCUUUAUAAAGUUUACAUGCUAUGGUUAAAACAGAUAGUAAACAUAACAUUAUAAUUUCAAGGAGUGACAAGAUCAUUGAUUUAUUGUGUGGUGGUGUGUAGCCAAUAAAAAUGGUUUAUUGUUCAGUUACACAUGAAAUACAAUGCUAAGUUUUUAUUAUAACCUCAAGUUUACAUAUGUGAUGAUAAAUAAAACAAAAAUCCUAGGCUUCAGGAAAGAAGACUUAGGUUUGAAUCUUACUUAGCUCUGAUAUAUAUUUACCUUUGGUCAAGUUCACUUAAUAUUUACACUUUAUCUAAAUUGUGGAUAAUAAUAUCUCUGUCACUUAGCACUGUGAUGAAAUUAAGUAAAUUACAUGACAUAUUUCCUGUAACAUAAAACAUGUUAGUUUCCUCUUCCCUUCCCCCUCUUUCUUCAUAACUUGCCAUGCUUUGUUUCACAUGGUUUACUUCUUUUUUUCUUUAGUUUUUUCCUUAAAAAAAUUUUUUCCCCUCUGAGAAGAGGGGUACUUAUAAACUGGUACACAUUUGAAAGUAAUCAUAAUAAGAUACACAUUUUGUUUUAACAAAUUUUAAUGUCUUACAGGUAAAAGAGAAACAGUAGAAUGGAAUGGGAAAAUCAAACCAUUCUGGUGGAAUUCUUUCUAAAGGGGCUUUCUGAUUACCCAAGGCUUGAGCUACUCUUUUUUGCGCUAAUCUUAAUAAUGUAUGUUGUCAUCCUUCUGGGCAAUGGCACCCUUAUUUUAAUCAGCAUCUGGGACUCCCACCUUCACACCCCUAUGUACUUCUUCCUGGGGAACCUCUCCUUCUUGGACAUCUGCUACACCACUACCUCCAUUCCCUCCAUUCUGGUGAGCUUCCUCUCAGAAAGAAAGACCAUAUCCUUCUCUGGCUGUGCAAUACAGAUGUUCCUCGGCUUGGCCAUGGGGACAACAGAGUGUGUGCUCCUGGGCAUGAUGGCCUUUGACCGGUAUGUGGCUAUCUGCAACCCUCUAAGAUAUCCUGUCAUCAUGAGCAAGGAUUCCUAUGUGCCCAUGGCAGUUGGGUCCUGGAUCAUAGGAGUCAUCAACUCUGCAGUACAAACCGCAUUUGUAGUGCAGUUGCCUUUCUGUGGGAAUAAUGUCAUCAAUCAUCUCUCCUGUGAAAUUCUGGCUAUCAUGAAACUGGCCUGUGCUGACAUCUCAGGCAAUGAGUUCAUCAUGCUCGUGGCCACAACACUGUUUAUAUUGACACCACUGUUAUUAAUCAUUAUCUCUUACACAUUAAUCAUUGUCAGCAUCCUCAAAAUUCGCUCUUCUGAGGGGAGAAGCAAAGUUUUCUCCACAUGCUCAGCCCAUCUGACUGUGGUGAUAAUAUUCUAUGGAACCAUUCUCUUCAUGUACAUGAAGCCCAAGUCUAAAGACACACUUAAUUCAGAGGACUUGGAUGCUACUGACAAACUUAUAUCCUUGUUCUAUGGGAUUGUAACUCCUAUGAUGAAUCCUUUAAUAUACAGUCUUAGGAACAAAGAUGUUAAGGAGGCAGUAAAACACUUACUGAGAAGAAGUAUGUUUAACAAGUAAAUGGGAAAGGGACACAUAAUUUUUGUAAUCACAUUGUGGAAAUCAAUUAGACCAACUAAAGGGCCAAAUAGAUAGGUUCUUACUGCUGUGUCAAAUUCAUCUCUCAAAUCUCUCAAGCUCUAAUAUUUUUUUGGUGCAGUGCAUAAUGAAAAUAAGUAAAUAAAUGCCUAUGUUUUAGGAGUCAGUGAUUGUUUUUAUUGUUGAAGAGCUUGAUUAAGAGGGCAAGUAGAGGGGUAGUGUAAUAGUGAGAGAGAUUUCCAGACAAGAGAAUGUUACACUUGUAUUAAAACCUUUAAAAUGUUUUUUGAAAACAUGGUAUCUAUCUUUCUCUGUAUGACUUAUUUCACUUAGCGUAACACUCUCCAGUUCCAUCCAUGCCGCUACAAAAGGCCAUAUUUCAUUCUUUCUCAUUGCCACGUAGUAUUCCAUUGUGUAUAUAAACCACAAUUUCUUUUUUUUUAAACAUUUAUUUAUUUUUGAGACAGGGAGAGACAGAGCAUGAACAGGGGAGGGUCAGAGGAAGAGGGAGACAUAGAAUCUGAAACAGGCUCCAGGCUCUGAGCUGUCAGCACAGAGCCCGAUGUGGGGCUUGAACCCACAGACCGCGAGAUCAUGACCUGAGCCGAAGUCGGACGCUUAACCGACUGAGCCACCCAGGCGCCCCUAAACCACAAUUUCUUUAUCCAUUCAUCUGUUGGUGGACAUUUAGGCUCUUUCCAUAAUUUAGCUAUUGUUGAAAGUGCUGCUAUAAACAUUGGGGUACAAGUGCCCCUAUGCAUCAGUACUCCAACAAUAAAUUUCAUAUUAAAAAAAUAAAAUGUUUUUUGACAAGAUUAUUUUCAAAACCAAUUUCAUAUUUUCUUACUUUCUU